GUUACGACAACGACAACAAUCUAGCUGGAAGUGGAAAUAUGUUACAAAACUGUCUUUCUUGUCAUGCUAUGAGAAAAUGUGUCAUUAAAUAACUUUAAAGAUAAGGGUUCCACAUUGUUAUGAAAUCGAUGUAGUUACUUAAAAUGAAAAUGGAUCCUGUCAGUGAUUCUUAUUAUGAUGGAAGCCGAAUAUUCAAAUGGAUUACAGACUACACCAACAUAUCUAUUGACCUGAUAAAUUUCACCGCUACCCAAAUAACAGCGGUGCUGUUGGCACCUUUGUUCAGAGGAGUGCUGCAUCCAAAACACACCUCGCAAGAAGUCCGGCACGGCGUUGGCCUGCUUGUGGGGCUCAUUAUGGGUUAUUUUGCCUUUGGCAGGCAAGCAGUCCAUCUUGCUGGUCUGCCAGCCUUGUGUUACUUGGUGUUACGAACUCAGGACCCUCAUAUCUUUCAAAGUCUGGUACUGGCAGUGUCCAUGUUCUACCUAUCCUGUAUUCACAUUCACAGACAAAUCUACGACUACGGCUCACUUACAUUGGACAUUACAGGUCCACUGAUGGUGAUAGUACAGAAGGUGACAAGUUUAGCAUAUAACCUUCAUGAUGGCAUAACACAGGAAGAAGGACUAACUACAACACAAAAAUACUACGCCAUUAGAAAAAUGCCAUCGACAUUGGAGUAUUUUGCGUAUAUUUUUCACUUCCAAGUGUUGAUGGCUGGACCUGUAGUGUUCUACAGGGAUUACAUAGAUUACAUCAACGGUGACAACUUCCUUAAGCACACAGACUUGAGUGGUGACAACAUGCAAGCCAAGCUAAUGUUGGAGCCGUCGCCCACAAAGUGUGUGAUUAAAAAGAUAUCAGCAAGUGUGCUCUGCGCUCUGCUGUUUGUCACACUGGUUUCAUCGUUUCCGAUCAGCAAAGUCAAAGAAGAUGAGUUCAUAGAUCGUACAAGCGUAGUGUCUCAACUUUGCUACCUCAGUAUCGCCACAUUGCUGAUCAGGUUUAAGUACUACCACGCAUGGCUGCUAGCAGACGCCAUUUGCAAUCUGUCUGGUCUUGGUUUUAACGGCUAUUCAUCCGACGGUUCGCCCAAAUGGGACCUUAUCUCAAAUGUUGACGUCUUUCGAUUUGAGUUUGGCACGAGUUUGAAGGAGACCAUAGAGUAUUGGAACAAAGGCACCAAUGUCUGGCUGCGUAUGAUAGUCUACGAUCGCUGUAAAAACUAUAGAACUCUCCUCACGUACGCUCUCUCGUCCUUCUGGCAUGGAUUCUACCCCGGUUACUACCUAACAUUCGCUGGUGGCGCUCUCUUUACCUUCGCUUCACGAGCUGUGCGGCACAGUGUCAUCAGACACUCGUUCCAGACCAGUUCUGCGAUGAAAAACUUGUAUGACUUCAUCACAAUGAUCACAACUAGACUGGUGGUCACUUAUAUCACCUUCAGCUUUGUUGUUCUAGAGUUUUGGCCCAGCUUUCGCAUUUACAGAAACAUGUACUUCAGCCUACACUUGUUGGGUGUUGCUGCUCUUCUGGUACUACCCAUCUUUCCAGCUGGGACCCGUCGGCAGCCGUCUCCCAUUAAAGAUCAGUUCACCAAGGUCGCUUCCAACGGUCUUUCAGUCGGCAUUCAGGGUUAAUCUUCAUCUUCUCAUCUCCAUCUUCUCACACACAACCUACAUCAUUCCUACAACUAACAGAGUCACUAUGUUACUGUGCGGCUGUGAAAUCUUUAUUUUCUAUUGUCUAAAGCUUUUAUAUUUCCUUGUAGGUAUUGUCUACGCUAAUUUAGUAAUUUCUUACCAAGAGGGUUUGUCAAAAUCAUCCUGGACGUGUUACUCGUUUGUAACUAGUUGGUCAACGAAUAGUAUUGUACAAAUGAGUACAAGUUUAUUAUUUUUUAUACAAGAAGAUAUUUUACUGGUGUGUUUCUAUUGGCUAUUGGUGAUAUUUAUACGUUGUUACUUUAUACAUAAAUGUUUUAUAACAAAAGAGUUUUAUAGAAACACUUGUUAUGUGAUGUGAUUUUUCAUAGUAUUUAUUUUUGUUAGAGAAAGUAUUUUAGAUCAAAAGUUUGUUAGAGUAAAGAUUUUUAAUUGGUUUUUAGUAUAUUAUUGAAAUGUUGUUGAAGGAAUCAAACUUACACAUGCAAUACUCAUCUCGUAGUUUUCCUGUUUUUUUUUAUUUUUUAUUUAAUGUUACUUUCCUUAAAAUUAUAAUAGACUCUUGCUUUAAAACAUUAACUACAUUAUGUACAGUGUACCUCACUUUAUCCGCUACAGCUACUGAAUCAUUUAGAUUGUGAUUUAUCUGGGCAAAUAUGGCAUUAGUCAAAACAAUAUAAUUAUAGCAAUAGUGCAGUUUGCCCCUAGGGUGCCAAAUUGAAAGUGCAACCGUUGUAUAAAAGUGUUUUUAAAAGUCUGUCUCACUGAGAUAAGCCAUAUGUAUAUAUAGUCCACAAAAAGGUUAAAUAACUGUUAACUGUUGUCGCCUUUUGGUCCAUGUUUAUCCUACUGGAUUUCGGUACUAAGGAGUUCAGAUUUCUGGAUUUUGGUAUCAUUUAGACACUUGGCAUCGUCAAUUCCUUAUAAGAACCAUUCUUGUCUGAAGAGGUGUGUCAAAAUUUCAUAUAAAACACUAGUCGACUGUUAUUUAACAUAGUUUUACUUUCGCGACACGUGCACGAGUAGGACAUAUGGAGGGCCGCCAGACAUGUGUCGAGACUCGGCUGCGACUCACUUAUAAUAUAAUCCUUUAAAACUGCUCCUUGUAAGAAUAUGAUGAACAAUCUUUACUCAUUUUGUUUCCUGCUUUAGUUAUUUACUUAUUACCAUUUUUGUGGUUAUGUCGUUAGUAUGUAAGUUACAAGCAAAAGUGUUUAAUUUGUUAUAUGCUUAUUCCUUAAUUCACACACUGCUUUGAUUGAUCAUUUUCAGCAGCCAAAGUCGUUACUUAGGCUUUAACUACUUAAAUAUUUAAAAGUAGGACUAACAAAUUUUAUCACAUCUACUCAGUUAAAGGCUGCAGUUUCUUACAGUUUUUAGGGUAGGUACAUUUAAUUUUUUUUAUAAUUCUGAUCUUUUGUCCACUCUAUUGAAUCAGUUUAGAUAAAGUUAGGUAUACUGUUUAACAGCUUAUCCACCUUUUACUGUAUUUUUUAUAUAUUAUUAUUUUGUUAUUAGAGAGUUUUUGCACUUGAUGUUAACUAAAUACGCUAAACGUUAAACAUUAAUUUGUAGUGAUUAUCGUUUACCGGCCUCAAUAGCGUAUAGCCACUAUUUUACGGGAUUUAUCGUAGUGUUUUAUUGUAAACGUUAAAGUCAGCUGUUAAGUGUAAACAAUUAAACAUAACCUAAGUUGAAAGUGUGUGCUAAGUUCAUUUUUUAAGCUUGAUCAGAAUUUUUUAAUUUGUCUUCGAUAAGGAUAAACAUGUUUGAGAUUCACCCUAAAUCAUUAAAUAAUAGUGUUAUUAAAAGAAGUUCUAUGUGAAAACUAUAGAACUUUGAUCAGUUAUAGCUCCUAAAGCUGAUAAAGUUCAAAUGUCCUCUAUAACUACAAAAUCAAUCGCAAUUAAGUAUUAUUAACCCUAGCAGUGGCCAAUGUUAGAAGUGGGGAAUGACCAACCCAUUUUGGCGAUUUUGCAGACCUUUUUUUGAAAAUUCUUAAAAAUUCAACCGUAUAAGUAAACCUAGCCAACCUCAUAUUCAUUUUGUUCAGAAAGAACAGGAGAAUCUAGAAAUAGUAAUAUCAUAAUGAUUUAGACAGUGUAUUUUAUCGGUAAAGUGAAAAAAAUAAAAAGAAUUUAUUUUUUUGUGAAAUUUCAAAAGCAGCCUCGGUAUUUUUUUUCCUACGGAUUUUUUAUGGGAAAUUCAUUAUAUACAUUUUGUAGACAAUCUAAUUCCCUACAUAGAAAUAAGUUUUUGGGGCGAAAUAUAAUGACGAACAGAGAACCGAAAAAAUUGAAAACCGUAUAGGCCUAGUGUUAGUUUAUGUUGUAAAAAGUUAUAUAAUAUAUGUGUAUACUAAUAAUGAAAUAUACAUGUUUGUAAAGCUAAUGAAGUAAGGAAUAAAAAAAAGUCAUAAAGUUUAUGGUAAAAAUAAUUUUUUACCUAUAAACAUAUGUAUAUAAAAUAAUGUUUUUAUAUUUUAGCGGUUUCGUGAGAAAAGAAAAUUCACAGUAUUUGGUAUACAACUUUUGUAGCAAAUUUGUUUACUUCAAACCAACAUAAUAAUCUUGUAGUGUAUUCAAUUACCUACAUACAAAUUUAUAACAUGUUAGAAAUAUUUUUUUUUUUUGUACGUAACAGGGACAUAAUAAUACAAUAACCGCAAAUCCGCAAAACAGUGUAAACUAUACAGUGUUUGUUUUUGUUGUGAAACAUCAUGUAAUAUAUGUAUAAACUAAUGAUGAUAUGUACAUAUUUCUAAAGCUUAUGAAGUAAGGAAUCCAAAAAAGUCAUAAGUAUAAUGGUAAAAAGUAAUUUUCACCUCUAACUAUGUGUCAAUUUGAGAAUGUUUUGAACUUUUUGCGGAUUUUGAGAAAAUGGAGUGUACAGUAUUUAGUAUAUAACUUUUUUACCAAAUUUUUUACCCCCAAACCAAUAUAAACAUGUUGUAGUGUAUUCAUUUACCUUUAUAAAAAUGUAUAACACCUUGGGUAUAUCAUUAUAUAGCAUAUAUAGCACGGCGAACUAAGGUCCGUCUCGUAGGCCUACAACAAUCUCUGAAUGUCAGAACCGUCAAUUUUGGACAUGAUGCUAACAAAAUACAACCUUUUAUGAACACUAUUUCACACAAUUCAGUAAUAUUUAUGCAUAAUAAAAUGCAUGAAGAUUACUGUUAUACACACACCCACAAACUUCACUAACACUAACACUACGAACUAAUAACGUAUUUAUUUAGUAAUAAAUUGUGGAUAACACGAGAACGAACACUCACCGGCAACAACACAAACAAACAAUGGCGAAUACAAGACAGCUGACAGACUGUAGCAGUAAUGACUCACUUCCCUUCAUGCGAGCAUACAGAAAUAACCCUGAGUGCAGGGCUGCCACUUUCUGAAUCUAUAUUUCUUCCUCUUCAAAAUGACAUACUAUAUGACUAGUAAUAAUAAAUUACACUGUAUGUAAUUCGUAUUUUCCAUAUCGUCACCUGACGACCAUUGGCCAUUUGUUAAAAAUUUUGAAAACAGCUGUUUUCAUAAAAUCGUACCGGUUGUGCAAUCAAUAUUUCGUUCUAAAUAUCACUACCACAAUGAAGAUAAAAUCAAUGGCUAUCCAGUGGUACCACCCGCAACAUCCCAAGACGAAAAUUACCCGAGCAGGGUAAUGCCAAACAAGACGUGUUUUGCCAGUUCUCCAGUGUCGGCUGCAAAAGUCGUGCCGCGCCAAAAAAUCAUUUGAUUUCUAAUCGUCGUGACAUUGUUAUAUACCUGCUACAGGGUUUGUUUAUGUAAUAAAAUGAAAGUUCAGAAUGUGAUCUUUCGAAUGGUAUAUGUUAUUCUCAUCUGAGUUGAUUAUAAGUGUUUUUUUUACCGUUAAAAAAUUUCCGCCCAUAUCGUCACCAGACGACUUUGGCCAUUAAGCAUCAACGUCAUAUCCUCACCAGACGACGAUUGGCCACUGCUAGGGUUAAACAGUCCUAACCUCUAAGCAUUGAUAAAUACAACACCUUAGCUCCAUUUUACGUUAAGUGUUCACGUUAAACAUAAUUUUUACAGAGAUACAAAAACUCUAAAUUUGUCGCUCUUAUGUUAAACGCCAAACGCUAUUUUUAACAUUUUGCAUUUGCAUUUAACAAGAUUUUCAUGAAAAUGCAAAACCUCUCUAUUAAUAGUGUUGGGCUUACACUCAACAACUGUGUCUUAGUAUUAUUUUGCUGCCUUAGUAUUUGAUCAAACACUCUUUAGCUAUUCUUAUUAUCGCUAAAAUUCACCAAAAAUAGAAUUUUAUAUCUUCCAGUUUUUUCUUUUAUAAAAAAAUGUUUUAAUAAAAAUCUUGUAUUUUCAACAGUAUUGUUUGUUAUUCGUAUUUUGUCUUCAUUAACAAAUUUUGUGUUGUACAGAUAUGUUAUUAGUGUCCAUAUAGGUUUAGGUUUGGUUCGUAGUAUUUUUUAGGUUUAUUUAUUAUUGUGAUCAGGUAAUGUAUGAGUAAUAUUAGGUGUGGUGGGUAAAUCUUCUUCUUACUCUUUCUUCUGAUAGUUUUAACAAAUUUUUAUUUUUAAAGUUUGAAUAAAAAUUACAUUUAUUUAGUGUUGGCUGUCGGUUAUUUAUUUAUAUCUCAUCUGUCAAUGUUGAAAACUAACAAAUAUUUUAGCUUUGUAACAUUAUUUUAAUUUACAAGGUUGAUUAUUUAGUUCCUCUUUGUUUUGUUCAAUUCUAAGAUGUGUGAUUAAAAAGUUAUGAAAUUGAUUUUAUAAGCCUUCCUAUAUUUAAGAAAUAUAUAAGUAAUGUAAUGAUUGGGUUUGGGCUAAAGAUUACAUAACAGUUUGAGUUUGUUAAUAUAUACAAUAGAUGAGAGUAAGAAAGAAUUUUUUUCUAAUUAUGUGAA